AUGCAGUUUUAACGAGAGUGCUUCGGCUUGUUUCCUCCUCCAAUUUUCCCCGCCGGUUGACCAGGCAAUGUGAUCAUCGGCCCAAACAAAAACAACGCGAUGCCUCUCAUUUGCGCAAGGCCGCUCGGCCGGUUAGUGCCCAAGCUGGGCUCAUCACUACGACCAGUUCUCUCCUCUCUUGCUGCUUCUCCCCGGCGCCCUGUUGGCGUUGCCCUCCAGCAGCACUUGGGCACCGAGUCUUGGAAGAGAUUCUAUGCCGACCACAAGCUAGACCUCCUCGCCCUCGACCAAAAAUGGCGCCAGAAAUGGGCCGAAUCCAGCCGUGAGAAGGGCAACAAGGAAGACGAAAAGAACCAAUAUGUCCUUCCCAUGUUUCCCUAUCCAUCGGGCAAUCUGCACCUCGGCCAUCUCAGGGUUUACACCAUUGCCGAUGUGAUUGCGAGGUUCCAGACUCUCCAGGGCCACAAGGUCCUGUUGCCCAUGGGUUGGGAUGCCUUUGGAUUGCCAGCUGAAAAUGCUGCCAUUGAGAGAGGCAUCAACCCGGCCACAUGGACCAAGGCCAAUAUCGCUAAGAUGAAGGAGCAGCUGGGUCACAUGAACGGCUCAUGGGAUUGGAACUGCGAACUUGCUACUUGCGAUCCCGACUUCUAUAAGCAUACGCAAAAGAUCUUCCUCGCUCUCCAUGAGAAGGGUCUGGCCUACCAGGCGGAAGCCGAGGUCAACUAUGACCCUGUCGACAAGACGGUGCUUGCGAACGAGCAAGUUGAUGCCAACGGCUGCUCGUGGAGGUCCGGUGCCAAGGUCGAGAAGCGCAAGCUGAAGCAGUGGUUCCUCAAGAUCUCCGAAUUCCGCGAGUCCCUGCUCAAAGACCUAGAGACGCUUGCCAAGAACGAGGCGUGGCCCGAGAGAGUCCUGGCCAUGCAGAAGAACUGGCUAGGCAAGUCCAAGGGCGCGACUGUCAAGUUCCCCGUCCUGGCUUUUGGCCAGGGUACUCCCUCUGCCAUCGAGGUGUUCACCAGUCGACCUGAUACCCUUUUUGGUGUCCAGUACAUUGCCCUCGCUGCUACUCAUCCUUCCGUUCAGCAACUGGCAAAGAGCGACCCCGAGCUUCAGGCCUUCCUCAGCACAUUGCCCGGACUUUCUCCUGACUCCAAGGUUGGAUACCUGCUCCCCCACAUUCGCGCCGUCAACCCCUUGGCCUAUCACGAAGAGACACCCGAGGACACCAAGGUCUCGCUUCCCAUUUAUGUAGCGCCAUAUGUCCUUGGUGACUAUGGUGAGGGCGCCGUAAUGGGUGUGCCCGGCCACGAUCUCAGAGACCAUGCUUUUUGGAAAGAACACCACUACGACGCUCCCGUCCGCUUCGUCCUGGCGGCUUCCGAGGAUGAGAGUACUACCGCCAUGCCCAACGAGCCAUUCACUGACCAUGGCGUUAUGAACGCCAACAGUGGUAUCUUCAAGGGCAAGUCGUCCAAGGAGGCCGGUGAGAUGCUCGUCAAGCUUCUGGAGCCCGCUGGUCUCGCAAAGGAGACUGAGAAGUGGCGUCUGCGUGACUGGCUGAUCAGCCGCCAGAGAUACUGGGGAACACCCAUUCCCAUCGUGCACUGCGGCUCUUGCGGCACUGUUCCCGUUCCUGACGAGCAACUCCCUGUUGUACUCCCCGAAGUUGACGAGCACUGGGCUGGCAAGAAGACCGGCAAUCCGCUCGAGUCUCAAACCGACUGGAUCAACACAUCUUGCCCCAAGUGCGGUGGCGACGCCAAGCGCGACACCGACACCAUGGACACCUUUGUCGACUCGAGUUGGUACUACAUGCGUUUCAUCGACGCCCACAACAAGGAGGCUCCCUUCUCACCCGAGAAGGCCAAGGCUCUCACUCCCGUUGACCUCUACAUUGGCGGUGUCGAGCAUGCCAUUCUGCAUCUGCUCUACUCCCGUUUCAUCUACAAGUUCCUCAUGACCUCUUCCUUUCCCGGCAAGGAGGCCGAAACUGCCGAAGCUGCCGAGUCCGAAUCCUCCGAAGUUUACGAACCCUUCAAGCGUCUAAUCACCCAAGGCAUGGUGCACGGCAAGACCUACACCGAUCCAGCCACAGGCCGCUUCCUUAAGCCGGACGAAGUCGACCUCAGCGACCCCCACCAACCCAAGGUGGUGGCCACGGGCGCGCUCGCCAACGUCAGCUACGAGAAGAUGUCCAAGUCCAAGCACAACGGCGUGGACCCGACCACGUUCAUCGCGCAGUACGGCGCCGACGCCACGCGCGCGCACAUACUCUUCCAGGCGCCCGUCAGCGAGAUCUUGGACUGGGACGAAAGCAAGAUUACAGGUGUGACGCGGUGGUUGAGUCGUGUGCAUGACUUGGUUCAAAAGACUGCUUCUUCUUCUUCUACUUCUUCCACUUCUGAGACCCUGUCUUUCGCCAGCACCGUCAAGGCCUUCUUUGAACAGCAAUCCGAGUCUGUCGUUGAUCUCGCCAAACUCGACGCCUCCAUCGCCAUCUGGCGCGAAGUCCAACGCACCAUCGCCUCCGUCACCGCCUCCUACAACAAAGUGUAUACACUCAACACGGUCAUCUCGGACCUGAUGUCACUUACCAACGUGAUCGCCUCUUCGUCUAAUUACGACGCCGCCGACCCCCUAAUCAAGCGCGAGGCAGUCUCCGCUCUGAUCCGCAUGAUGGCGCCCGUCGCGCCCGCCUUUGCCGAAGAGUGCUGGCACGUUCUUUUCCCCGAAUCUUCUUCGUCCUUGUUCAGUGGCAGUGGCAGUGGUGAGCAAGCAAGGUUCCCGGUCCCCGAUGGUACGGAGGGGUUGUUGAAGAGCAGGAAGCAGAUGUGCGCGGUGCAGUUGAAUGGCAAGACCAAGUUCGCGGUGGAGAUAGGGACGCCGCCGGCUGGGUUGUUGGAGAAGAGUGCGGAGGAGAAGUUGAGGGAGUUUAUUGUCGGUGAGGUGUUGAAGACGGAGGAGGGGAGGGCGAAGCUGGAGGGACGCGGGGUGGAUGUGAGCAAGGCGAAGAAGGUUAUCGUUGUUAGGGGAGGAAAGCUGUUGAAUGUUGUUAUGUAGAGUUGAGAUAAAAGAGGGUGGAUGGUG